CUGGAGAAAGGAUUGGUCCUUCAUAUUCGCAAUGGCUACACUACUUGCACCAACCAGAUCGGCCAUGUCAUUCAAUUCUUUACGCCUGAUUGCUCGCACAUCUCCAUCAACACUGAGGAGAGCUCUCUCCACCCUGCCCAACAAUCCACAUAUCUACGUCCACGAACAACCAACGACCCCAAGAUCCUACCUCCUCAGCUACCUCUCCACCACUCCACCCACGCCCUCCCUCGCAAUCGGCACCUCCACCACCAACCCACCCACCCCGGACACCCUCACCGAAAACCCCCACUUCCUCCCCCUCGUCCACGAAGUCCUCGCUCAGUCCGCCGUCCACGACCCCGAAGUCCAAUCCCAAGCCCAACUCUACAUGUCGCAAGCCGGCUCCUCUCUCGGCAGCGGCGGCGUCUUCUUCCCUCAACACCAACAACAAGCCAAUCAAAUGAACCGCAAGAAACGUGGACGAGGGACGGCAGCAGGUGGAGCUGGCAAUCGAUCAGGCGGCGACGGCGCGGGCGGGGCGAGUGCACAGGGCGGAGCGGGAGGUGGUGGAAGAGGUGGAUUUGUACACGUGGGCGAUCAGCGCAAUCCGCCGGAUUUCGGACGCACGAAUUAUCCCGAGGAUAUUCUGGGGAGUUUGGAGAUUGAUGGACAAGGCAAGUUUGUGGAUGGACAUGGACGGUAUCAGAAGAGUGGGACGUAUCGGGUGAUUACGAUGCAGGGCAUGUUGGGGUUGAGUCCGUACUUGAGACAGAAGGUGGUGGAGAGGUUGGAGGCGGAGGAAAGGAGGAUUAAGAACGCGGCAGAGGUGAAGACUUGA